GUAUUUUGCCGAAUAUAAUACGCACUUUUUUUAGAGAAUAUUUUUGUGCCAGAAAGGGGUGCGUAUUAUAUACCACAAUAGGUUUUUGACCUUUUUUGCCAGAUGAAACUCGGCGAUUAAGUAGUGUAAUAUUUCACUCAAAGACCAAGGCUUCGGAUACUACGCCUUUUCACGUUCACCUAUUUAUUAAGUAGAAAAUUCGACCUCAAGAAAAUUACUACAGAAACGUAAAAUUGCAGAAAAUGUGAUAUAUAUACUUACAAUAUCUAAAUAAUUCAAUUAUCAUGAAACAAACAGCCAAUCAAAUUGCAUUGGAUCUGACUAUUCAUUACAUCGCAUGCCGCCAUUAUUGAAAGCAUGUGUACACAAUAAUGCCUUGACACGUGCUAAAAUUGUUGGAAAAUAAUUUUGUCACUUGCUAAAAGUUUGUUUACUGUAAGUUUUAUGAAUAGGCCUAAUUUUUAAUGAAAUACUUAUUUGAAUCUUUGAAAUAACUAUUCUUGCGUAAAAGCGUGUGUUUUACGAAGCCAUUGUUGUGUACACUGCUUUUGUUAGAUACCCCCUCCGGGUAAAGAAAUACCUAACAAAAAUUUUUUUCACACAUUUUAAUAGUCAUCGUAGUUAACGAGGAGUUGAUAAUUUGCAUCUUUGUACCUACCAUGAUAAGAUAGUGGAGGGCUGGGAAAGAACAGAGACAGACAAAGGAGUCCCAUACUACAUAUGUCACAAAACUGAGAGCACGUCAUGGAAUCACCCAUACUACGAGAAAAUAAUGGAGGAGUUAGAUGAAUACAGAGACAUCAAAUAUGCAGCAUACAGAACUGCUUUCAAGAUACGACGCAUGCAGAAACAUUUAAGACUGCACCAUGUGAAACUAACAGCAAUGAAGGAAAUGUUUGAUUGCCAUGGUUACCCUGAGAGUUGUGACAUGGUGAUUGGUUGUGAGGAGUUACAGGAAUUACUGACCAGUGUGUAUCAGAUAGCUGACCAGUCGGCCAACAUAACCAUACAACAGGCUGAAGUGUUUGCUCAGCUGCUUCAAAAUCUAGUCCUCAAUUUAUUUGACAUAGACAGAACAGGUUGUGUGAGAAUUUGUUCAGUGAAGCAGGUCCUUAUUGUGUUAACAUCAGCUCGUCUGGCUGACAAGUACAGAGCUCUGUACCAGGAAUUAGCAGACCCCAGCACUUACAUCAGCUCUAAAAUUCUAACCACAUUUCUACAGGACAUCAGUCAGUUGCCAGAUCUGCUACAGGAAGGAGCAGUAUUCAGUGGUGAUGUCACAACAGCAGUCAAUAGUUGUAUCAACAUGGCAGACAGAAGUGUGGGGAUUUCUGAAGACCAGUUUUACUCCUGGCUGCUGAGAGAACCACAGACUCUGGUUUGGCUGCCUACCUUUCACAGGCUGGCAGCAUCUGAAACAGUUAAACACGAGACAAAAUGCAACAUUUGCAAGACCUACCCUAUAAUAGGAUUCAGGUACCGCUGUCUGCAGUGCUUUAACUUUGACAUGUGUCAGCAGUGUUUUUACAUGGGAUGCACCAGAAAGAAGCACAAGUUGAAACAUCCAAUACAGGAAUACUGUCUAUCUUCAACAGCAAAAGUGGACACCAAAGCAUUUCUGAAGAUUCUACGCAAUAAUAUUAGCAAGAAACACAGACAGAAGUCCAGAAGAAAGUACCUUCCUAUUGUAGCUGAGAGUCACUUGUUCUCUCACUCAACGGGUAUGAGGAGAGAGCCCCCUGCUCCAGAUAUUCAUAACACACUGACUCAAAAAAUCGAACAAUUGUCGAAGACAGAAGAACACUCGGAUGCACUUAGUCGACAGAGGAAUUUAGAAAAAAUCAUUGAACAACUUAGGGAGGAAAAUAGGAGACUGCAGGAGAAGAUACAGACAAUGAAGGAAUCUUCUGACACCGAGAGCAACAUGAGUGGUGGAUCCAGGCUUUUGACAUGUGUGUCACCAGAAGAUACUUCUCAUUAUAAGAUACACAUGUCAAACUCUGAGAACUCUAGUCAGCCUCUGAGCCCAAUAGUCCCUGUACAAAGUCCUGACUCCCCCAACAGCAGAGGUCCCCACUAUGACAGUCUGGAUUUUCUGGAGGUCAGCCCUUCACAUUUUACUCUCCCCACUCUAAUCAACAGCAGGGGGUGUCUGGAUGAAGAGGAAGCUAUGGAUGACCUUGUCAACAAAAUGAAACUUGUCUUCCCCAGCAACAUGUCAUAUUCAGUGUACUCCUUAUCAAAGUGUAACAUGGAACAGGAUGAGAUGCUACAGGCAGCCUCCACCAUCGGCAAUGCCAUGACAGAGUUUGUGAGCGAAGCCAUCAUGCCGCACAGCAAAUAACUAGUGGAUUAGCAAUACAUUGUAUUUCCAAUUCAACAAGUGCCACUUCAAUUUAGAAGCUAUCUAGGUUGAUUCACAGAGAGCUCAUAUGCUUGAAGCAGCCUGCUAUGAGUGCCAAAAUAUUGAUCUUUUGCCAGAAAUCCUGCCAUAUUUAUUUAUAGGUUAGAUGCUGUAUUACAUUUUACUGAUAUUUUAUUGUGUCACUCAUUUUUAUGCAAUUUCCCAAGUGUUUAGUGUAAUAAAUGCUUUGAGCAGGGGGCCAACUCCACAUUUUAAAAUCUUAACACUAUAAAGGCCAUACCAGGAUAUACAUUGCUUUCAAUUUAUAAGCAUUUUUCAGGAUAUUAAUGCAAUUCCUUUUUUUAUUUAUACAUGUAUAAUGGUUUUUUUUUAUUCAUGAUUCUAUGCAAUUUUAAUAGGAAUAAAAUCAGUUUUAAAAA